AUGAUAGCCCUGGCAACAGUAGCAUUAGUAAAGGGUAGGGGUCGUGGUACCCCACCUGUGGCAGACAUCAGGGGUGUGCCCAACCUGUUUGGUGUGUGUGUGUAUUCCUUCAUGUGCCACCACUCUCUUCCGUCCUUGAUCACUCCCAUCAGAAAAAAGAAACGUUUGUUUUCACUGCUAAUUGCAGACUACAUGUUGAUCUUGGCCUUCUACUUCCUACUCUCAUUCACAGGAAUGUUUACUUUCAACAACCUCCAGGAUAUGUACACUCUAAACUUUCAACCAAACAAGUGCAGCGAUAGUGAUACUGUUGUCGAAUCAGUGCCCUUUCUUCAGUACUUUCUGUCCUUAUUUCCAGUUUUUACCCUCAGUACCAACUUUCCUAUCAUUGCUAUCACACUAAGGAACAAUUUGAAAUCCCUGUUUCUAAAAGACACCAAGCAGUAUUCCUUCUUCUUGGAUCACGUUCUCUUCCCAGUAAUCACAGUGCUUCCACCUGUGGCCAUUGCCUUUGCUACAGAAAGUCUCGAGAUGCUAGUUGGAAUUACGGGGUCGUAUGCUGGAGCUGUUAUUCAGUACGUUGUUCCCGCCAUGCUGGUUUAUUAUGCACGCAAAGAUUCUCUGACGUCUAUAGGGAUGGGGGUGAAAAAUCAACACUCAUCACCGUUUUACCACACUGGCUGGAUUGUAUUCGUUUGUGCAUGGGCAGUUGCGUGUGUUGCAUUUGUGACAGUAAACCAUAUAAGUAAUUUGUUGGAAAUUUAA